GGUGACGAGUACAAGCGUUUCAAAGGCGUGCGUGGUGAGAUCAAAUCGCUCUCUAGCGAACUCACCGCCAUGGAAGCGUUUCUUCUGAAGAUGUCAGAGGAGGAGGAUCCUGAUGUUCAGGAUAAGGUGUGGAUGAAUGAGGUCCGGGAGCUCUCCUAUGACAUGGAGGACUCCAUUGAUGACUUCAUGCAAAGUGUCGGCAGCGAAGAUACAAAGCCAGAUGGCUUCUUGGAGAAGAUGAAGAACUCAUUGGGAAAGAUGGGGAAGAUGAAGGCUCGUCGGCGAAUAGGCAACGAGAUAGGAGAUCUGAAGAAGCAAAUCAUCGAGGUGGCGGAGAGGAAUGCAAGGUACAAGGCCCAUGAGGCCUUCUCCAAGGCCAAGAAUACAACCAUUGAUCCUAGAGCUCUUGCUAUCUUUCAGCAUGCCUCCGAGCUUGUCGGAAUUGAUGAACCCAAGGCUGAGUUAAUUAAACUAUUGACUCAAGGUGUGUCAACACAAGAGAAAAUAAAGUUGGUAUCCAUAGUAGGAUCCGGUGGAAUGGGCAAGACAACUCUUGCAAAUCAAGUGUAUGAAGAUCUCAAAGGAGAAUUCCAAUGUCAGGCCUUCAUAUCUGUGUCUAGAAAUCCAGAGAUGAUGAAUAUCAUGAGAACUAUUUUUAGUGAAGUCAGUGGGAAAGAUUAUGCUAACACUGAAGCAG